AUGACGAUUCCAAUGGCCACAAAGAUCAAGCUCAUCCCCAACCCCCACUACCGCAAGUCGGGGACCAAGUCCUAUGUCCACCUCAUGCGCAAGUACCGCUUCACCCCAACAAAAGGCGGGCCAUACUUUUUCAGCAGCACACUCCACCAGACGGGCCGGCAGUAUACAAACCUGCCUGUCGGUGGGAAGGCUCGCAUUCAGCACGUCUUGAGCAAGAGAAUAGCGAAUACAGACCAGACAGGCGAAGUCGGCGCCGACGACGUCCAGAAUGAUGCCAUGUACCUGGCGCCAGUGAGUAUCGGUACUCCGGCGCAGACGUUUAAUCUGGAUUUUGACACGGGAUCCGCGGACUUAUGGGUCUGGUCAACCAACCUCCCCUCGGCGACCAUCUCCCAGCACAAGUCCGGUACACUCUUCGACCCGAGCAAGUCGAGCACAUUCAAAGAACAGUCCGGCUCGACAUGGAAGAUCUCCUACGGUGAUGGCUCCUCUGCCUCCGGUACUGUAGGCACCGAUACAAUCACGCUCGGCGGAUUGAAGGUCCAGAGUCAGGCAAUCGAACUGGCCGAUACACUCUCCGCACAGUUCCAGCAGGAAUCUGGCGAUGGUUUGCUCGGUCUGGCCUUUAGCAAUAUCAACACGGUCAAGCCGCAGGCUGUCCGCACUCCUGUAGAGAAUAUGAUCUCUCAAGAGGACAUCCCGAAAUCGGCGGAACUGUUCACGGCGAAGUUGGGUUCCUGGAAAGACGCGGAUGAGCCGGAUAAGGGGGAGUCAUUCUACACAUUUGGGUUCAUUGAUCAGGCUACCGUGACAGCGUCGGGUGAGGAUGUGUACUACACAUCCAUCGACAACAGCCAAGGAUUCUGGCUUUUUGACUCUACGUCGGCGACUGUGAAUGGCAAGACAAUUGCGCGGUCGGGAAACAAGGCAAUAGCUGAUACUGGGACGACAUUGGCGCUGGUCGAUGAUGCGACGUGUCAGGCAAUUUAUGAUGCUAUCCCGGGGGCGUAUUACGAUCAGGAUAGCCAAGGGUAUAUUUAUCCGUCCAACACGACAGAAGACAAACUUCCUGUUGUCUCGUUUGCCGUGGGGGACAAGCAAUUUGUCGUGCAAAAGGAGGAUCUGGGCUUCGCCGAGGCUAAAUCGGGCUAUGUCUACGGAGGUAUCCAGAGCAGAGGCAGUAUGACAAUGGAUAUCCUUGGUGACACAUUCCUCAAGGGAAUUUACGCAAUAUUCGAUGUCGGCAAUCUUCGUUUCGGAGCUGUCCAGCGCAAGGAGCUGCAUCAGAAUCUGUCUGUUCCUCAGUAA